GCUCUCCUGUCGUCCCAUGACAGCGUGGCUCAGUCAGAUUAUGGACCCGUCUUACUGCCGCUGCCUGACGAGUUACCUGAGGAGGAGGAGGCCAUGAGGAUCGUUUGCCUGGUGAAGAACAACCAGCCGCUGGGGGCGACGAUAAGGAGGGACGAGGAGACGGGAGGGAUCUACAUCGCCAGAGUGAUUCAUGGAGGACUGGCCGACCGCAGCGGACUCCUCCAUCCUGGGGAUCUGGUCGUGGAGGUGAACGGUAACCCGGUGCUGGGUCUGGAGCCGGAGCAGGUCAUCCAGAUCCUGAUCCAAUCUCAGGGAACGAUCCUGUUUAAGGUCGUUCCAAACGCAGCUCAGAGCAGCAGCAGCAACGUGUCGGUGUACAUGAAGGCGAUGGUGGACUACUGCCCCCUGCAGGACUCCUCCAUCCCCUGUCCGGAUGCAGGGAUGGCGUUCAGCAGAGGAGACCUGCUGGAGGUGGUGGACCAGUCGGACGGACGGUGGUGGCAGGCCAGGAAGCUGCCGUGUUCCGUGUCCUGCGCUGGACUCAUUCCCUCUGCCAGCAUGUUGAAGAGUAAACAGAGGGAGCAGUGGUGGACUCAGCCUCCCCCGGGCCACACCUGCAUCCGGCCCUUGACGCUGGCUGAGAGCGAGGACGACACUGAUGACAAACGCACCCUCACAGAUGUGGAAGAAAUGAAUUUUGAUGAAGCUGAUUCUGAUGUCACUGAUGGAAUCUACCUGGCUGGUUUCCGUCGUACUUUCCGUCUGUGGAGGAGAACGUCUUUCAGGAGGAGACGACAGUCCUGCACCUCCUGCUCCCCCAACAGCAGCACUCUGUCCACCCCUUAUGAGGAGGUGGCUCUGUACCAGCGCCCCCCGCAGGAGAACCACCGCCUCAUCAUCCUUGUUGGGGCCUCAGGAGUCGGAGUUAGUGAACUGAGGAAGAGACUCAUCAAACUGAACCCGUCGACCGUCCAGGGACCCGUACCUCACACCACCCGUCCAAUCAGAGCGGGGGAGCAGACAGGAAGAGAGUACCACUUUGUCACCAAAGAGUUGUUUGAGUACAUGGUCUGUAACCACAGGUUUGUGGAGUACGGUGAAUAUAAAGCUCACCUGUACGGGACGAGCAUUGACGCCAUCGAUGACGUGCUGAAACGAGGACGAAUGUGCAUCAUCGACGUGGAACCACAUAGCAUCCAGCCGCUGAGGACGAGGAAACUGAAGCCUUACGUGAUCUUCAUCAAAGUCCCCGACCCAGAGAGACUGAGACAGACGAGGAGAGACGCACGACUCAUCACUAACUGCAGCAUCAACAGAGCUUUCACAGAGGACGACUUCAUGGAGCUGGAGGGGACGUCCCACAUGAUGGAGACAAAGUACAAACAGUUGUUCGACAGCGUGCUGGUGAACGAUGAGCUGCAGGACGCCUGCACGCAGCUGUGCUCCAUCAUCCAACAGGCUCAGAACGAGCCUCAGUGGAUUCCUGUGAGCUGGAGCCGAACAGAGGCGUAG